AUGAGAUAUUAUAGUGCACAAGUGUACGCGCAGACACAAGUGCACUCUCUAUUCCUGUCACUCUCAUACUCCGGUGGGACGACUACUCGACACGACCGGUGUGUCCAUGUCCUCACGAUGAUGUACACGAUACCAGUAUUUAUUAUAGCACUGUCAGCCGCCCUCGCCGCGCCCGCCUUUGAAGCUGCAUCAACAGGUGUCACCAAUGACCAAUAUCCUUUCGAAACUGACAAAAACAAUUUCUCAGAGGAAAUAUUCAUGCCACAAAAGAGAGCAGCCCUGGUGUUGGAUCGAUUGCUGAUUGCAUUACAGAAAGCGCUUCACGAAGAAAGCGUGAAUCAGCGCGUAGAAGCAGAUCGCGACGGUCCCAGAAUGGCGCCCUUGCGUCUGGGUAAUUUUGAAGGAAAUGAUAUGACUGGACUACAACGACGUGGCCAAGGAUCCACCAGAGGCCGCGUACUCAGAUGCUACUUUAACGCCAUAACGUGCUUC